UCUCAAAUUAAUUCUUUCUUUAUUUUACUGCUAAAUAGCUGCUUUUACGUACUUUUUUUGUCAUUGUUCAGCUUCUAAUUCAGUUUUGUCUCGGAACAUUCAGGGCUUCGCCUUGAUACGAGCAGUCUUGUUGUUAAUAUCAUCACAAGUUUACUUCCGGCCCGAACCUUAAGCUCUCGAAAAGAUGUCAAUGCCAUUACGACCUUGUUCUCUCAAUGCAGCUCUGAAAGUACUUGCAGAGCAACUGGGACCUUCACCAACUGCACGCGUAUUCGGACAUCGAGAAGUACAAAAAGUGUUUGAGGCUAUCAAAACAUGCUCGGACAAUAUCGCUUACAACAGAAUCCGAAUUAUGGGCGGAGACGAGCAGAAAACGAGUUGCUGGGCGACCCUGGAUUUUGACUGUGUGGCGUUUGUAAACGUAGACGAGCAGUUCUGGAGAAGUUCAACAGGACUAGAGCAGAAGUUAGAUGAUCUUCAGGCACGGGUAAUCAAUUCAUGGAAGCUAAGCUUGGCAAGACAGUUACCUGGAGUUGUAGUUAGCUUUCCUGAAGACCAAAAAUGCAAGUUGGAAUGGAUUGAUUACGGAUUUACUGCGGAUUUGCUGGUUGGUGUUAAUGCACUCACACAAAAAGAUAGAGAGAAUCUUGCAGCGUCUAAAGGCAAGAGCUUGGCAGAUAUUCAGAGCGAGAGAAUUAUGCUCGCAGUUGCCAACUUAAGCAGUAACCACACGGAGAGAAAAAGAAUAGCUACUAAGCUGAUAAUUUCGGCCUCUGUUAUGGAACGGUCUGCUUAUCUGAUGGAACAGAAAUCAGCCUUACACCAUGAAGCUGCUCGACUGGCAAAGUUCUGGGUUUUGAUGAACGCUAGUGGUAAAAAGAAGGGUGCGUCGUCACUUUUUUCUAUAAUUGCAAGCAACUGUGACACAAAUACAAUUUUGAUGGAUGCUUUCAAAAAAUUCCUGCAGUCAUUAAAUAAUUGGAAAACCCUUUCAAUUGACUUGUCGCUGGACUUAAAUUUACCAAAACAACUAGAAGCAACAAAAGUUAUUGACCCAGGAAAUCAAUUUGAUAACUACUUUACCAAUGAAGACGAACCAAAACGAGUCAAGGUUUUUAUGAACACUCUCAAAAACAGAUCAAAGAAAACAAUCAACAGGAUGCAUAGUACCAAAGGUAAUUCAAAUUGGGCUGCAAUUGCCGACUUUUUCCUUCUGGACAAAUAUCUGAGGCUAGAUAAAAGACUCUUCAAAACGGUGAUCUUUGAAAUCACUAUUUCAAACAAUCAAUCUCUUUUUCCUCGAAUUCUUGCUGGGACAAAGGGAAGAAAACAUCGAUUCAUUGCUCAAGUGUUCCUUCUCAUGAAGCUUGCCGCAUCCUUCGUGCCGAGAAGAAAUAACGGCGGAGAUUAUCGAGAUACCGUGUUAAUCGCAAACGAUCUGAAGACUCUCUUGACAACUCGACUCAGCGCUACUUUUGUUUCCUCGAUCUCUUUUGAACAGAAACAAAACAAGACUCAUAUGAGUUUUGUGCUACCUGUAGCAUCCGAAGAAUCAUCACUGGUCAUUGACGGAUUUGUGUAA